AUGGACAGCAACUACCUCUCCCGUAUCCGUUCCCGCCAGGAGAUCCUCUCCCUCCACGCCGCCGAAGUCAUGGGCGUUCUCCCCGAAGGUCAGGCCGCUGUCAAGGAGUUAUACACGUACCUGCUAGGCGAAUACCUCCCCGUCCGGUAUCCGACCAUGUUCCGCAUCGUUUCUUCCUAUCCCGGUUGCCCCGACACGACUUUCCAAAACUUGAUCACCAACUCUUCCUCCCCCCUGUCCCCGCCUCCCUCCGACCCCCUCGACUGUUUGAGGGUGAUAGCCCAAACAGUAGAAGACGAUUUCUUCCUCUUGCUUCCCUUCCCGAAACCCAACUCCCUCACCACCAGCGAGAUGGAGCACAAGUGCGUCGCCUUCAUGAACCUACACCCCUCCGGCUUUUCCCCCUCCUCCAAACUCGGUCUCCCCCUUUCGCAUAUCCACGCUCCCGUACCCUCCUACGAGAAAAUCGGGCCGUCAAUGGAACGCUUCUUUGCCCGUUUGUCCUGCGAUAAGCUCGUCAAGAGGAUGAAUUGGGCUAUGCAGUUGCAUCCUGACCUCUAUUGUCCGGGCGGCAACCACGUGCAUCAGGAGGAUUUGGAGACAAUGGAAGAGGUGACGGAGUUUGGGGAUGAAGAGGCGGAGAAGGCACGAUUGAGGGUUGAGUUGCAAGGUGUUUGGAGACUGAGAAAGACGGGGGCGGUGGUUUUUGGGUUCAAGACUUAUAUGUAUGGACUCAGAGAGGUGAAGGAGGAGGUUCUGGAAAUGGAGGAUGGGGGGACGACGAAGACGGGGGAGGCAUUGGCGCAGGCAAUUGAGGGAUCGGGAGAAGGGAAUGCGCCGGGGAUGUGGACGUAUAAGGGGGCUGUGAGGUGGGGAGCGGCGGUGGCUCGGUGGUUGAGGAGUUGA